AUGACAGAGUGUUGUAUUUCAGUUUUGACGUCAAUUGCGCUUGAUAAUGUGCCGGAAGUGGCACAUCGUUCACAUUCCUUAAAAGAGAAGGAAGUCGUAAUGAUAAGCAGGAAUUCUGAGGUAAACGGAGAGACGCAGGGAUCAAUUGUCGGAAAGACACCGGUGAAGAUGGUGCGUGGGCCAACACCGAAGCCGAGGACACUAUCUAUGACGAGCCAAGAGUCAAAUGUAAAGCCUAGAAUGCUGCCAAGGCCAACUUUCAUUCGAGAUAAUUUUGCAGGUUUGCCUCCUUAUUCAGAAAGUAGUGACAGUCACAUUUUGAAGGAGAGAAGAGAAGCUAUUGCAAAGAAAAGUUCUAGGAACACAAAGAAGUCUGCAAAGAAAUCUGAGAUUCCUACAAAAUCUAUACUUUCAAAUCCACAAAAUGAUAGACCAAAAAUUCCACCAAAACCUUGUCUUGAUCCUACAUUGCUUGGGCAAAAAUCGCCUGGAUCAUUCAGCAAAGUUCAGACGGAAGUUGAAGCAGUAUCGUUGCCGUCCAAAACCGCUCAUCAAAGAGCUCCUCAGCUUCUUUCCGAAACACCUUCAGAACCUUCAGACCUGCUAACAUUUAUGGAAUUGCGCAAACCUCUGAUUCCCAGAGUUAAAACCACGCCAUCGCCACCAGAGCCAAAGGUAAAAGCUCCGACACCAGCGGAAGCACAUAAAAUGGCCUAUGCAAACUCGCGCCAUUCGUCCGAAGAUUCAGUUCUAUCAGAUUUCUCAGAAGAAGAGCCAGAGCUGGUUAUAUUGGGGAACACGGAGCCACUCUCAGAGGAGAAGCCAUUGGGAGAUUUGUUCCCUGCAAGAUCAACGCAAACCAAACAUCUUUCGACAUCUUUCAAAUCCGAGAUGACCACCUCUCCUACACCACCAGAACCCAGUCUGCCAGUAAUUUUAACUGAAGAGCCUCCAAUCGAAGCAUUACCUUUGAAAGCUUCCUAUCAAGGAAGCAAACAACUUGCUAAGGGAAAAAAGAAUGGAAAGCGCUCAAUAGCUUCUACAAACGCUUCCACAAUUCUUUUGUUUACUCCACCAGAGCCCCCAUUUCAAGCUCCAACGAAGAAAUGCGAACAGCCUUCAAUUUCCAGGAAACAGAUUGGACAUUCUGCCAAGUGCAUCUACAAUAAAAAAGCUGGCAAAAACUACUGGGCAGCGAGAUUACGCAAAAACGCUAAAUCAGCACCUCUAAUCGUCGUGCACGUCUGCUAUUGUGCUCCAGGCAAAGCUAUCAAGUGUUGUGCUUGUGACUGUACCAUCAAAUAA